UUGUAAAACCAUAUUUCUUUAUAAAGCUCACCGACUUGUCGUCUCGUCGUGAUAUGAUUACGGUCAAAGUCAAAGCUAUCACCCCCGAACCCGAUCUUUUUUAAUUUCUUUCACCGGGACGGUGACGGCCAAAGCCAGCUUGUCAGUUUCGCCACUCUGGCGGACUUUUCGGAUUCACUGUCCAAAAUUCGUUAAUACCAAUUCUUCAUUAACUCUUUUAUUCUUUCCAUUCAUUCCUUUUUCGAAUCUCAACCAAAAAAGAAACAAACCUGUAUCACCGAAACGAAAAAAACCAAAUCACCGUCCGAUUUUCACGCCAACCGUUUCGCUCAAACUACUUCUGAAAUGAUUUUUUCCUGAUCGUUCAAGAAUGCACCCACUCUAUCGCGUAACGCAAGUACCGGAUCGCACCUCCGCCGCCGCCGCCGCUAUCACCCCUCAAUCUUUCUCAGAUUUACUAAGCAUGCCACCGCCGCCGCAUCCCAAUACGCCGUCGCUUCGAUCGCUCUCCACUCACAGCUUCCGCAUCAGCCCCGAUCACAGCCGCCUGAUCAAGCGGUCGAACUCCUCGGCGCUCGAGCGGUCCACGCGGCAAACGGCGCCCAUGUCGUCGCUGCGAGACAUGGACGUUGUGAUAAACGACAUCGUAGGGAGUGGAAUCUCUGGGGUUCUGUACAAGUGGGUGAACUAUGGCCGUGGAUGGAGGCCACGGUGGUUCGUGUUGCAAGACGGUGUUCUCUCUUACUAUAAAAUCCACGGUCCCGAUAAGAUCGCGGUUAAUCACGAAACCGAGCGCGGAUCAAUGGUGAUCGGCGAAGAGUCGUUCCGCCGUCUCUCUAGGAAUAACCGCACCCAAUCCCGCCUCCGUAAACCCGUCGGAGAAAUACACCUCAAGGUGUGUUCGAUUAGGGAGAGUAAGUCGGACGAGAGGAGGUUUUCAGUAUACACGGGGACAAAGAAGAGGCUGCAUUUGAGGGCAGAGAGUAGGGAGGACAGGGCAUCAUGGUUGGAGGCGUUGAAGGCGGUUAAGGACAUGUUCCCACGGGUGUCUAAUGCAGAGCUAAUGGGGCCUGCGGUUGAGAGCAAGGUGAUCUCCACGGAGAAGUUGAGGCAGCGUCUUUUGGACGAGGGGCUUAGUGAGGCCACCAUCCAGGACAGUGAGGACAUUAUGAGGAGUGAGCUGUUGGAGAUGCAAAAGCAUCUUGUGAUCCUCAAACAGAAGCAGUUGUUGCUCAUUGAUGCACUGCGUCACUUAGAGACAGAAAAGGUUGACUUGGAGAACACACUUGUUGAUGAAAGCCAAAGGCAAGCAACCGAGCAAGGAUCUUCCUUUAGAUCAAAGCAAGACAAAUAUAUCAGCGAGGGAAGUGGAAGUGAUUCUUAUGAUGAUAUUGACAGACAUGAAGUAGAGGAAGAAACUGAUGAUGAUGUCCAUGCAUUUUUUGAUACUCGAGAUUUUCUUUCAUCAAGUUCUUUCAAAAGUAUUGGAUCUGAAUUUCAGAAAUCACCACUUGAUUCUGAUGAUGAAGAGUGUCUUGACUCUGAAGAUGGUGUCUAUUCUAACCUGAGAUCUGUUGGAUGUCCUCAUGUUAGGCGCCGUAAGAAAUUGCCUGAACCAGUUGAAAAAGAGAGAGGGGUCAGUCUUUGGUCAAUAAUCAAAGAUAAUAUUGGGAAGGAUCUCACCAAAGUUUGUCUUCCAGUUUAUUUUAAUGAGCCCCUCUCUUCUCUACAGAAAUGUUUUGAAGAUCUUGAAUACUCAUACCUUCUAGAUCAAGCUUAUGAAUGGGGUAAAACGGGUAAUAGCCUUAUGAGGAUUCUGAAUGUAGCAGCAUUUGCGGUAUCAGGGUAUGCCUCUACAGAUGGAAGAACUUGCAAGCCAUUUAAUCCACUAUUGGGUGAGACGUAUGAAGCAGAUUAUCCAGAUAAAGGCAUUCGUUUCAUUUCUGAGAAGGUCAGUCAUCACCCAAUGGUUCUUGCAUGCCAUUGUGAGGGGCGUGGCUGGAAAUUUUGGGGAGAAAGCAAUUUAAAAAGUAAAUUUUGGGGUCGUUCAAUUCAGCUUGAUCCUGUUGGUCUGUUGACUUUGGAAUUUGAUGAUGGAGAAGUUUUUCAGUGGAGCAAGGUAACAACAUCCAUUUACAACCUCAUUUUAGGAAAAUUGUACUGCGACCACUACGGUACAAUGCGUAUAGAGGGGAAUUGUGACUACUCAUGUAAGCUAAAAUUCAAGGAGCAGUCAAUCAUUGAUAGAAACCCUCACCAGGUACAAGGUAUUGUCCAAGAUAAGCAUGGUAAAACAGUGGCAACUUUGAUUGGGAAAUGGGACGAGAGCAUGCACUAUGUAAUAGGUGAUUUCUCUGGGAAAGGGAAAGAAUUAGAUUCAUUGUUAGAGACCAGGCCUUUACUUUGGAAGCGGAGCAAGCCAUCCAAAUAUCCAACCAGAUAUAAUCUAACACGCUUUGGCAUUACGCUAAAUGAACUUACAUCUGGACUUAAGGAGAAGUUACCGCCAACAGAUUCAAGACUCAGACCUGAUCAGAAGUGUUUAGAGAAUGGGGAGUAUGAAAUGGCUAAUUCAGAGAAGUUGCGGCUAGAACAGAGACAGCGGCAGGCACGGAAGAUGCAAGAGAGAGGAUGGAAGCCGAGGUGGUUUGCCAAGGACAAAAGUAGCAAUACGUACUGUUAUAUUGGUGGUUACUGGGAAGCAAGGGAAAAGCAUAACUGGGAAGCAUGCCCUGACAUCUUUGGCCAGCUCUCAAAUGAUCAAAAUGUUGACUAACCCCCUUCCAACCCAUUUUUUCCCCUCUAUAUAGUUCUUUACCUUUUCUUCCCUUCGUUCAAUCUUCUUUCUUCACAUAAGGCCCCUUACUCUCUCAUCUCAUUAUUAUUUUUUCAUAUCAUUAUUUCUUUAAAUACACAGAAAAGGGGCUUCCAUGCUUGCCAUUUCGAGCAGCUCGAGAGGCCACAUGAAAUACAUGAGACAAUGUUGAAGAUAGUGUCAUCACUUAAUAAAAGACUUCACAAAGGCUCUGUCUCCAACUUUGCCAUCUCUAAGAGAAGAAUAUGUAGCUGCUGGCUCAUUACUUCCUGCUCUGGCUUUCAAUCGAUUCUAGCUUGGGGGUGGGUAUGGGUCGGAUUGCAGAUGCACUGAACUAAAAUUCAUGUUGUUUCUUAUUAGAAAUUUAGUUUUUUUUUUUUUUAACAAAUAUCAGGCUAUUAUACAAAAAAAUUGUAAGCUUGUUCAAUUCCCUAUUCGAAGCCAAUUAAAGCAAGGGCGCCUCAUAUCA